UAAUUUUUUUAUUUGAUGCACGGUUUAAUGGCAGGUCGAAUUGCUCUCCAACCGCACAUUUUUCUGGUUCAGUUUUCUCGUAAGGCGAAUAAAAUCCAGUACACUUGCGUUUUUAGCUUUAUUUAAAAGCGAAGGCCGUCCCGUCAGCUAUCGGACGAUCGGCACUCACCCUCUGCCAACUUUGUACGAAAUUAACCAUCCUCGGAUGCGUGAAACAAGACGUGAAGGCGAUCGACGGCACGGAGAACCGAACGCGGGCCUCUCUCGCACGCGGGUUUAUCAUCAGCAGAACGCAUGCGUGAUAGAUCUAUCCUUCGUUCGAGGCGGAUAAACCACGCUCGUCGAGUCGACGCGCGCCUCUUUGUCGCGCAUCCGUUCGCGCCGUCAGUUUCCCAUUUCGCUUCUGGCCAGGAGGACGCGCGAUAAGGAAAUCGGAGCGCGGCGAUCGGAAGUGAGCGAGAAAGUGUUCUGCGAAGAGGAACGAUCGUUCGCGUCUUCGUAUAUCAUCCCCCGUGAGAUAAGAUUCCCGCUAUCCGGGGAAUCGGGAAGAUUGUCAGGCUUGUUCCGUCUACUCUCUCGGAUCAAUAUAGAUCGAAUACUUAUAGAUCAUCGUAGAUCCAGAAUCCAUUGGAGUCCGUUUUCACAAUUAUUUCCUGCGAUUCACUUUGCGGAUGUUCGAUCACGAUCGACACUGCGAAAUAAUUGAGAGAAUUGUGGGUUUUCUUUCUGAAGAAAAUCUUUACAAAAGAAAAAGCCUUUUUCUUUCUCUCUAGUAUCGAUAUUUAUAGAUGAUCGAAGGUAUCCUGAGGUGGUUGUGCGUCCCAUUUCCGCUGGCGAGAGCAUAAAUAAUCGAGGGAUUAUAUUACCCCAGCCACAAGAUCACCUCGCUUCCGCCUUGAAAUAAAUCUUUAAAAAUAAUUCAGGAAUCUUCAUCUCUCUCUCUUUAUUCGGCUUUCCUUGGAAUGCGAUUCCGAUAAAUCGCCAGAAGAAACUCUCGAAUAGGUCCGUCCUCUCGGGAACGAUCUUUACAAAUAAUCAAGAAUAGCUUGAAAUUGUUUUCGCUUUUGGGAUCGAGCUUUGUAAAUAAGCUGAGGGUACGCGAACCUCUCUCCGGAAACGCUCUUUGUAAAGAAUUUCGGGAGAAAACGCCGAGUUUCUGCGGAGUCGGCCUUCGCUUGUGAAACAACUUGGAGGACUCGGAUCGAACGGGCUUUAACAACCGAGACACGGAGCUUCGCGUGACCGACUCAGAAUUCCGUUCAUGUCGCAGACCCCGAAGGAGGACGCCGACGCGAUGAAGGCCAACACGGCGGCGACGAAGAUCCAGGCCAAUUUCCGCGGGUACCGUGUGCGCAAGCAGCUGAAGGAAUCCACGCAGCGUCGUCGUCCACAGCAGCAGCAGCAGCAGCAGAAUCAUCAGCUGCAGCUGCAGGACCAGCAGCGGAACCAGCAGAAGCAGGAGCAUACGAAGCCGAAGGACCAUUUGCUGAAGAGACAGAGCACUCGGGAGGCGCUCGAGGAGAAGUCGGCGACGAAGAUCCAGGCGGGCAUUCGCGGCUUCCUGGUGCGGAAGAGGCAGCAGGUCGUUCAGGCCGCGGCGACGAGGAUUCAGGCCGGCUUCCGUGGCUUCAAGACGCGAAAAUUGCUGAAGCAGAACGCAUUUUGCGGAUUCCCUUGUGACUCGGACGAAACCCUGCGAUUGGAUCGGAGGCGCGGAAGGAAACGACGAUUUCGAUUUUAAAUUAAUUACAUUGUUUCGCGAUGUAUGACACGUGUACGCUUUUUGGGAUACUCCGUGUAUCUUUGGACUGUAACUUCGUUAAUCCUGUCGAGAGCCAUUUCGGGAAUUAAUCGAUGACAAUUAGUGGAACGUUAUUUUAGCGGAACGACAAUUUAUCAUUGUUUUUAUUUCGAUUUUUUUCCAUAAUGGCUUUUGUACGACAACGAUGGCAAUAAAUGAUAAUGAAGAAAGAAGUAAUGAGAUCGAAGAAGAAAAACGGUUGAGACAUAUAUAUAUAUAUAUAUAUAUAUAUAUAUAUAUAUAUAAUAUACAUAUAAUAGAAGUUAGUUAAAUAAUUAUAUAAAUCUCUUGAUAUACUUUCUUGUUAUUUCAUAUCAAUUUUUUAUGUAUUUAAUAUAAUUAAAGCGUCGAUUAUAUAAAUUCGAAUAUUGCAAAUUAAUAUCAAAGAUACUUCUGUAUCGUAAUUUCGUAUAUCCGUGCAAUUCUGUUGAUAAAUAAUAUUUGUGUAAUGACUAGCGCAUGAAAGAUGUACAUAUAAUAUAUACUUUUUGUCGUUGUACUUGUACGAUUCCGUUUCAAUUUUGUGAAUAAUAAAUUUUUAAUCUUUAUAACAAUGA